CCGGCUCCCGUGUGGGGAAGGGGCUGCCUCUCCCCGCCUAGCCGGGCCCCGUGUGUGGACGGGUCCGCCCCUCCCCAGCCGGCCGGACCCGCGGAGCCCCCCCGCCGCCGGCAUGAUCGGCCAGAAGACGCUGCACUCGUUCUUCCGCGCGGCGCCGCCGCCGAGGAAGCGGGAGCGCGCCCCGGAGCAGGGCGGGGAUGCUGAGCCCAACUGCGCCAAAAAGCUGAAGCUGGUGGAAGAUGACUCGGGGAAGGCCUCGCCCCGCUCCCCUCCGCUGAGCCCCGAGCAGCAGGAGCGGAUCCGCAAGAACAAGGAGGCGGCUCUGGAGAGACGCGCUUCGCGAAGCGUCCCCGCGGGGUUCGGAGAGGGCUGGAGGCGGCAGCUGGCGGGGGAGUUCACUAAGCCCUACUUCUCCCAGCUAAUGGCAUUUGUAGCAGACGAGCGAAAACGUCACACCAUCUACCCACCCCCGCCGCAAGUCUUCACCUGGACGCAGAUGUGCGACAUCAGAGAUGUAAAGGUUGUCAUCUUGGGACAAGAUCCUUAUCAUGGACCCAGUCAAGCUCAUGGACUCUGCUUUAGUGUCCAGAGACCUGUUCCACCUCCACCUAGUUUAGAAAAUAUUUACAAAGAGCUGUCUGCAGACAUAGAAGAUUUCACCCAUCCCGGUCAUGGAGAUCUAACUGGGUGGGCCAAGCAAGGAGUACUUUUGCUCAAUGCUGUCCUCACAGUCCGAGCACACCAACCUAAUUCCCACAAGGAAAAAGGCUGGGAACAAUUCACUGAUGCAGUGGUGUCAUGGCUAAACAAUAAUUUGGAUGGACUUGUCUUCAUAUUGUGGGGAGCUUAUGCACAGAAGAAAGGCAUCUCUAUUGACAGGAAACGUCACCAUAUUCUACAGACUGUCCACCCCUCGCCUCUCUCUGUGCACAGAGGGUUUUUUGGUUGUCGGCAUUUCUCUAAAACCAAUGAACUGCUGAAGAAAUCUGGCAAGAAGCCCAUUGACUGGAGAGCACUCUGAGCUACAAAGAUGAAUUUGGGAGUGUAAUCUGAAGUAGCCCUUAUAUCAAGGAUUAUCCCAUUCCUGAAAAAUUGGGCUGGCAUGAGAAUUAUUCUUUAGACUUGGUCUAGCUGAAAAACAAAAUGGCCUACUUUGCAGAAGUGCUACCUUUAAGUAUCUUUUUUACAUACUGUAUAUGUUUAAGGGGAAAACCAGAGUUUGAUAUAAAGAAUAAUGAUACUUCUAGGUUGUCAAAUUUUUUUAAGCUGAAAUCUGUUGAGCCUGUUCUCAAACCAAAAACCACGUAUGUUCUUUGCUCUAAUGGGACUAUAUAGGGAAUUCUCAUAUUGAGCUAAACUCAUAAAAAAUUCAGUUCGUGAGCACCCUUUUACAGUUAGUGAAACACAUCUUAUUUGCUAUUUUUUCCCCCCCAUAUUUUCCCAUGUGUAAACCUAGAUUUUAUGUUUGUGUAAAAUGGAAGCACCUUUAUACUCUUACAGCAAAAAAGCUAGUUACUGUUUGUUCUGCUAAAGAACUGUUUAACCCAGUUUCAUUUUCCAGAUGUCGAUGUAUUUGUGCUUUAAAGAUUUUCUAUCAGGCAGCUGGACUAGCUGUGUGGUGUUACUGAACACGCCUUUGAACUCCCUGAGGAUUUCAGGGCUAAUAUCCCAGACAAUUGGGGGAAGUUACGACUAAUAUUUGUGAUGUUUCUCUUUUUUAUAUGCAAAGUACUUUAUUGUGAGUUUAAUACUAUCAAAGUUCCAUUGGGCAUAACAGCUCCUUCUAACUACCACAACAGCCUGACUUUCAGAAGAAGUGUUCUCAUGUUAUUUAGUAUGUGUCUUUUGUCACCUGCAUAUGUACCUGCUGAUGACAGCUAAACUUCAAGGUGAUCCUUCAGGAUGGUAUUAUUUCAUGUCACUCUUCAACAUGUUUGAAUGUACAGUAAAAUCAGGACGCCUCAGAUAUAGAAUUGGUUCUGUACAUUUCAUAGUUAUGAAUUAACAUAAUUGUCUUCAUUUCACUUUUUUGAACCUCCUCUCCUCCAGUGUGUAUCUUUCUCCCACCAGUAAUUACAGUUUUACUUUCAUUCAGAGCUAGUCUGAAGUUGGAGAUGCCUAGCAUCUCUAAAGUUACAUCCCCUGAAGAGUUAAAUCUGUUCUUUAGCAUGUCACAGGGGGCAACAUUCUUGUUCAUGGUCACCAUUUAGCAUCUGGUUACAUUGUGCAAACCUAUUUCUUGUGCCAUACUGAUCCAGCAAUAUUUGCUCAGUUAAAACUCCCAUUGAAAACAAUAGAAGUUUUGCCUGAAUAAGAUCUACAGGAGUUGGGUCAACUAGUUCAAAGUGGAUUAUUGCCAUUUCUUUUUUUAUUUUUUAUUUUCAGUAUGUUGCAAACUGCAGUAUGGAAGUGACAGAUCCUUUUAUCCAUGAACAUUUUGCUCACUGUUUGCCACCGUGGUGGCUGGCUCCAAUAGAAAUUGAAGACCUCAUGCUGCUCCCAUAAAGUUGGUGACAGAACUCCCCCUGAUGUCAGUGGGAGCAAGGUGGGGCCUUGAUGAAAUUCUAGGAUUUCAGAUCUAGCUCUGAAUUAAUUGAUACUUUUCUGUUAACUUUCACUGAUAAGAGAAAAAGUUUAGUUUAUCCCUUCUGUGAAACUGCAUCCUUAUUUUGUACUAUACUAGUACAUUUUACACUAGUAUCUAUGUAUGGAGAAGCCAUUUCUGAAUCUUUGUCCCAGUAGGUAACACUAGUACAAAAGAAAAGGUUCUAUAUGUUUUCUGUAUAUAUUGUUUAACCAUGGUGUUGGUUUUUAAAUAAAAAUUCU